CAAAAAACCAAAACGGCUGAGGAUGUACCUCCGUGCCAAGACCCUCACUCAUCCCCAGUAGCGGGUAAGGGGAGAGGUCCAUGCACUAGGAAGUCUUACACAACACCUGGAAGCAAGGAGUUUAUGUGGAAAAGCAGCUCUUCAAACCUCAGUGUCAGAAAAUUGAGCUACAUUUUUUUAUAUGCACCCACUUCGCACAAUGAUUGUAAUCAAUGUGUACAACAAAUAUGUAGUCAUUUUUUUAAAAAGGUGUCGGCAUAAACAGCAAGAAAGUCAAACGUACAAGGCAACGCAAAAGACGAAUAAAUCAAAUGCCAGGGAGAGGAAAUACGGGUGGGGGUAAGGAAAGACAAGGGUUGGUUCUGCGCAGCGGACUGAGGAGCCCGAAGGGCGCGGCGGAACGCACCGCAAGUCCAAAAACAAAACAAACACGCAAGCGAGCCCCAACCCCAGAAGGCGCCCUCCGCCCGCCCCCCGGGCUCCCCGCGGCGCCGCGCCCCU